AACCUCUCCCCUCCUGGAGGCGGGGCCAACCCUCUGAGCAGGAUAAAAUGCCAGGAGGAGGGGUGUGGUGCAGGCACAGCCUUGGCAUGGCCCUCUGGCUCCUCAUUCUCCGCCAGCUCCAUGGCCAGCCCUGUGGAUGCAUCCUCACCAGGCCAUGCCAGUGGGUUGGGUUCCCCCCGGAGAAAGCGGACCACCUUCAGCAGGGGGCAGCUGUUGGAGCUGGAGCGGGCAUUUGCAGCACGGCCCUACCCCGACAUCGGCACCCGUGAGCACCUGGCUCGGGUCACCUGCCUUCCUGAGGCCAAGAUACAGGUGUGGUUCCAGAACCGCCGGGCCAAGAGAAUCAAGAAUAGGAAGGCAGGAGGCCUAAGCCCCAGGCCCGAGCACACCCAGAGAGCCCGAUCUCUUCCAGACACCCUCCAGCAGGCCCGGGAGCCCCGAACACUAGGCCAGCUUCCGCCCUCCAACAGCACACCUCAGUGUGCCUCAAUGAGUCGACAUGCCUCCUGCCCAGCUCCUGGCUUGAGUCCAGGGCAGGGCUGGGCAGGGGCUAAAGCUGUAGCCCCAUGGGGACCAGCUGGGGCUUCAGGGGUCCACCUUUCUUCAGAGCGAGCCACUCCCCAGACCUCACUGGGCAGCUUAUCUGACCUCAUCUAUGCCUCCGCCAUCGUCACCAACCUGGACCAUUCCUAAUCGAAGCCUAAAACUUGGGAGACCGCUCCUCUGGCUCUGCGGCCCACCCUGCCCCUUAGGACUAAAGACAUCAGAAGUGGAUCCCCCACCCCACCUGUUACACAAGGGAAUUCUCUUAUCAGAAGGAAGGUUAGCUGAGGCAUCCCUCCCUCCCACUGUCCUCCAGGCCGGCCCAGAGUCCCCAGGGCCUGGCUCCUGCUACACAGCGCCCUGCCCCUCCUGGAGCCUACGCCCAUCACCAUGGCAGGAGGUACCUUCAGAGAGAUGGGUAAGGGCCGGGUUGUCCACCUCUCUGGAGCCAGGCCUGGCCCUCAAUUCUUCUCACCCCGGCUGACAACACCUCCUCCCUCCAAAGAACGGGCAGCCGCCCCUCACUUUCAGGCCAUUAGCUAGCUGCUAGGUGAGUUCGGUGAGGAGAGCACUGAAACGAAUUCCAGCCUGCUGGGAACCAGGGCCCCCUCUUCUGACCUGCCACCACCUGGACAAAUUAAUUGGAACCAUGGAUCUGAAGAGGAAGUGAUAUUAAAGUAAUAAAGUAGAAAGAGGAGCCCAGGGCUUAUGUUCAUUUAAUUUUCACAAAGAUCAGAUCGGCUGCCCUCUGACCUGAGGCUGUGGAGACAACCUGACAGAUUUAGCGGGGGGGUGGGGGCGUGCGAGCUGGCAACCUUGGGUUUUUGUAUCACCAUCAUCUGUAAUACCAACUAAUCUCCAAA